AUGUCCGUGCAUACUGACCUCGAUAUUUUCGGCAAAUAUUCAUCGUACUCAAAAUUACUCAGAGUCAUUGCAUAUUGUCUUAGGUUCCGACCUAAUAAUAAAUAUAGCGGUACUUUGUGCGCGGAAGAAAUUAACAUCGCCGAAACAAAAAUACUGAAAUUACUUCAAGCUCAUCAAUUCGCUGACACGAUCCAAGAAUUAAGUAAUAACUCGAUAUACAAAGGAAAAUUUGCUAAUUUAAGUCCAUUUAUUGAUGAGAAUGGCUUGGUUAGAGUUGGCGGACGACUUCACAAAUCAGAUCUUACAUUUUCACAGAGGCAUCCAAUUCUACUUCCAAACAGACAUUGCUUAACAGACAAUAUCAUUCGCGAGCUUCACAAGAAACACUACCACGCGGGCAUUCAAACCACAUUGUACAUUUUGCGUCAAAGGUUUUGGGUCUCAGAUGGCCGAAAUCAAGUACGAAAAAUUAUACGUACUUGCACGCGUUGUUACCGUUUCAAUGCCGAUAUGGUCAAAUACAAAAUGGGAAAUCUCCCUGCAUCUCGGGUACGCGUAACCACCUCCUUUACAAAUACUGGUAUCGACUUCUGCGGUCCCUUUUUCAUUAAAGAACGAAAAUUUCGAAACCGAACACGUAUUAAAGUUUACGUAUGUAUAUUCAUAUGUAUGACUAUAAAAGCGGUACAUCUGGAAGUGGUAAGCGAAUUGACUUCCGACGGGUUUAUCGCAGCAUUACGUAGAUUCAUCGCGAGACGCGGUCUGCCUCAGCACAUUUAUUCGGAUAACGGCACUAAUUUUGUAGGUGCAAACAAUCAAUUAAAAGAAAUAUAUGCCUUACUAAAUUCCGAAGAACAUAAGACUCGCGUAAGUGAAUUCGCACUCGAACAACGAAUCACAUGGCAUUUUAUACCGCCAUUAGCACCCCACUUUGGCGGGCUGUGGGAGUCCACCGUGAAAUCGUUUAAACAUCACGUUAAACGCGUAAUAGGCGAAACUUUAUUUACAUUUGAGGAAUUGUGCACUUUUACGACCGAAAUCGAGGGGAUCUUAAAUUCUAGGCCAAUCGCGACAAUUUCGUCAGAUCCAAACGACUUACUAGUGUUGUCCCCCGCCCACUAUUUAAUCGGGAAGCCAGUCACCUCUCUGCCGGAAAACGAUCUAUUGAGUGUUCCAGACAACCGUUUAUCCGUUUGGCAACACAUUGCUAAGAUGCGACAGGACUUUUGGGCACGAUGGAGUUUGGAGUACUUGAAUGAACUCCAAAUCCGUGGCAAAUGGAAAACGGACGGACCCAAGCUUACCAUCGGAGCCGUUGUAUUCAUCAAAGAGAAAAACCUACCAUGUACUCGUUGGAUGUUAGGCAAGGUGACAAGCAUACAUGCCGGCGAAGAUGGCAUCACGCGAGCUGCAACCAUUAAAACAACUACUGGAGAAAUAAAGAGAUCCGCGAAGUCUCUCUGCAUACUGCCGAUAGAAUGA